GUGACAGAGCGGAGCAUACCGGCGACUUUUUAACUCCUCCGUCUUCAUUCAGUGGGGUCUGUCAGUGUCCUGAAGAGUCUGAAAUAGUUUUGUUGUUGACCGAAAUAUUGUAAGAUUUGUUUGACAAGGACAUUUUUCUCGAUUUUGAGCUUUUCGUUGGAUAUUAUCGAGUGGAGGAUUUGGGAUUGCCCUACGUUCAAUGGACACCACGUUUAUGUUUGUGGAUGUUUUUAUAAAUAAAUGACCUUUAAGCUCAGAGGAGAAAGACAAAGGGUUUAAAAUACGUUUUGGUAUUUUUGACAGGGCUGUGUAGUUUUGUAUUUGGUCUGUGCGAAUCCCAGUGAACGGAAAAACUUCCACCCAACUUUUUUCCUGCUGUUGGUUGUCGUGUGUUCCAGCAGGUGGAGAAACACGAGCCGCUCUUUCAUCAGAGAAAACAACAACAUAUUUAACAUACGGAAACUUGGAAUUCCUCUAAAGUUGUCCUGGAUUUAUUUUCGUCUUGGUUGCUCGAAGUAAUUGAGUGUACUGAGUCGAUUGACUGUUGGCCGUCAUGGCAUCAUCCUCUGUGAAGGUGGUGGUGCGUGUGCGGCCUUUCAACAGCCGCGAAACAAACCGAGGGGCCAAAUGUGUGAUCCAGAUGCAGGACAAAAGCACCUGUAUUAUUAACCCCAAACAACCCAAGGAUGCACCAAAGAACUUCACUUUUGACCAUUCUUACUGGUCACACAGCUCGGAUGAGGACCCGUCCUUUGCCUCUCAGAGGAAAGUGUAUCAGGACAUUGGUGAGGAGAUGCUGCUGCAUGCAUUUGAGGGUUAUAACGUGUGUAUCUUCGCUUAUGGACAGACUGGAUCAGGAAAGUCCUACACAAUGAUGGGCAAACAGGAACCUGGACAGCAAGGCAUCAUACCACAGAUGUGUGAGGAUUUGUUCAGACAAACGACAGAAAACACUGACUCUGACCUGUCCUUCUCUGUAGAGGUGUCAUAUAUGGAGAUUUACUGCGAGCGGGUACGAGACUUGUUAAACCCAAAGAGUCGGGGUUCCCUGCGGGUCAGGGAGCAUCCUAUAAUGGGUCCUUAUGUAGAAGACCUCUCUAAAAUGGCGGUCACCAGCUACAGUGAUAUCGCUGACCUCAUGGACACCGGUAACAAAGCCAGGACGGUCGCAGCUACAAACAUGAACGAGACUAGCAGCCGCUCUCACGCCGUCUUCACCAUCCUCUUCACACAGCGCAGACAUGAUAACAUGACCAACCUGGACACUGAGAAGGUGAGUAAGAUCAGUCUGGUGGAUCUGGCAGGAAGUGAGCGAGCAGACUCAUCUGGAGCCAAAGGCAUGAGGUUAAAGGAGGGAGCCAAUAUUAAUAAAUCUCUUACAACACUGGGUAAAGUCAUCUCAGCCCUGGCAGACAUGCACAGCACAAAGAAGAGACGCUCAGAUUUCAUUCCCUACAGGGACUCUGUGCUCACAUGGUUAUUGAGAGAGAAUCUGGGUGGAAACUCUCGCACAGCAAUGAUUGCUGCCCUGAGUCCAGCAGAUAUCAAUUAUGAGGAAACGCUCAGUACGCUCAGGUAUGCAGACAGAGCAAAGCAGAUCAAGUGUAAUGCUGUGGUGAAUGAGGAUCCAAAUGCACGUCUCGUCAGAGAGCUGAAAGAGGAGGUGAACAGACUCAAAGAUCUGCUGCUGUCUCAAGGACUCAGCAACCUCAUCACUGCCUCAGGAUCUGAAACAGGCCGCCCAGCUUUAGUCGUAGCAUCAGGUGCGCUUAAUCAGCCAUCGCUGUCAUAUGUACAGAUUAGCUCUGAUGGACAAAUGGAAGGUAUGACGCCCACCAGCCCCACUGAGCUCAUCAGUGAAGAAGAGGCAGUGGAGAGACUCAAGGAAACGGAGAAGAUCAUUGCUGAGCUGAAUGAAACAUGGGAGGAGAAACUCAGGAAAACAGAGUCGAUACGACAGGAGCGGGAGUCACUACUGGCUGAGAUUGGUGUGUCCGUAAAAGAAGAUGGAGGACCUGUGGGUGUCUUCUCACCCAAAAGGACGCCGCACCUAGUGAAUCUGAAUGAGGAUCCCCUGAUGUCAGAGUGUCUGAUCUAUUACAUUAAAGAUGGAGUGACCAGGGUUGGUCAGGAGGAUGUAGAUAUUCGUCUGAGCGGUCAGUUUAUAAAGGAGCUGCAUUGUGUCUUCUGCAGUGAAGUCAAUGAGUAUAAUGAGGUGGUUGUGAUUCUGGAGCCAUUAGUUGGGGCAGAAACAUAUGUCAAUGGCAAACAAAUUACUGAUGGUGUCAUACUCAAACAAGGUAACCGUAUAGUGAUGGGGAAGAACCACGUGUUCAGGUUUAAUCACCCCGAGCAGGCACGGUUAGAGAGAGAGCGCAGUGCCACUCAGGAACAGCAGGGGGAGCCAGUGGACUGGAGCUACGCACAGAGAGAACUGCUGGAGAAACAAGGCAUUGACAUAAAGCAGGAGAUGGAGAAGAGACUUCAGGAUCUGGAGUAUCAGUAUCGCAAAGAGAAAGAGGAGGCUGACCAGCUACUAGAACAACAGAGACUGUAUGCAGACUCAGACAGUGGUGAUGACUCAGAUAAACGCUCCUGUGAGGAGAGCUGGAGGCUCAUCUCUUCUCUCAGAGAGAAAUUACCAGCCAACAAGAUGCAAUCUAUAGUGAAAAAGUGUGGUUUGCCCAGCAGUGGGAAGAGGAAAGAGCCGCUGCGCGUGUAUCAGAUACCUCAGCGGCGCCGUGUGCCCACCAACCUCGAGUCCAAACACAGACUGAGCUUAGAAGAGCUUCGCAACCAGGCUGUUAAAGAGAUCUGCUAUGAGGUGGCGCUUGGAGAUUUCCGGCACACACGCCAAGAGAUCGAGGCUUUGGCCAUUGUCAGGAUGAAGGAGCUUUGCCGCACAUACGGCCAAAAAGACCCACAGGAGAGAGAGAGCUGGAAAAGUGUGGCAAAAGAUGUGUGUGAGACAGUGGGUAUCGGAGAGGAGGAGGGGGAGAGGGAGGAGAGAACGACAGCCUCAGCAGGAGGAGGAGGAGGUGCAGGUAGUGAGAAAGGAAAGACCGAUAUGGGUGAACUGAAGGCUCAUAUUGAUAAGCUGACUGAUAUACUGCAGGAGGUAAAGCUGCAGAAUAACAUGAAGGAUGAGGAAAUCCAAUCACUAAGGGAUCGCAUGGUGAAGAUGGAGAAAAUAUUUCCUGUAGUAGUGCAGGGAGAAGAUGAUGACAUUGGGUUGGGUGGGGCCAGAGGUGAUGACCUGGUUGCACGAGGCAACAGAUGCGAUGAGGAUUCAGAGUAUCGACGUGGUCGCCAUCGCUGGCAGUACCCCGAGAAGUACCACGACCCUAAACGUCGCAAAGGAACCGGCAAUCAGCCAAACAAUCCCCUUCACACCCCUCCAUCAGGACACUCUCAGAACAACCCAUUUAGCGCCAGGCCGGGUUACUUCCCAAAUCCAUCUUUCAAUCCUCAACCCCCUCGCAACCCCAAUGGGUCUUUCCUGCCAGGCACUGGACGGUUCUUGCCCCCUCAAGAGAGAAAGAUGCAGUUCCCCUUUAAGAAUAAUCCUCAACAUAGGGGCUUCAUCUGGGGACCAUCCACAAACCAAGGAGGUGGCGAAAGUGAAAAGGAUGCAGCUAUUCAGACAUCCUCCAAUACCGAUUCUGUUCACACUUUCCAAUCUUUGCCUCCUCCAAACAAGGACCAAUGGCCCAACAAUUAUCACCAACAACGCCGUAAUCAUGGCAACAAAGGCUGUGGUAACCGAGGCAACAGGCAGCGGUCACGAAACAGAGGACGGAACCCAUUUGAUGGUUAUUUGACCAAUGAGCAGGCUGGGAAUGUUGAGUGUAAAGACGUUUGGGUGAUCCAAGGGCAGCACAAGCAGGGUAGAGCAAGGUACACUUGGUACAAUCCAAAUUUGGGUUCUGACCAGUUUGUUGGAGAUGGAUCUCAAUUGAACUACAACCACCACCAAAGCAGGCAAGGUCUCUACAGACACCCCAACGCACAGUACAACCACUACCAACCACCUCAUCAGCAGGACAACACCCCAGAAAUGACACAACUUGGGUUUGAAGGCAAUCCCAAUCCAUCUUCUACACCAGAAUGUAGCACCCCAAUGGAGACCUGAUUUACUUGCUUGCCCAGAUGUGGCUACUCAGUGGAUGAUCUGUGGAGCCCAUGAAGUUGUAAAGGGCUAUUCAUGGGAGCCAAUUUAGCACUUGGCAGAUUUUCUUCUGCUAUUCUUGGAUGGGAUUCAGAGGAAACUUUGAAUUUCCCACUGAUGUAGUCCUAGGUCAGCAAUAACCAUUUUUAAUCUUCCAUUUUGUUGUGGUUUGUUGUGGAAGUUUUAUAGCAAGAAUAUUGAAGCAACAGCUUGGGAGAAGGAUUUUUACUGGAACUUCUUGGUCCAUUAACACGUGACAAUGUUUUGUACGGAAAACAUUUUCAAGAAAAUUAUUUUAUGCGCCUGAAUUUAUAUGUACAUAUUGCAGCUCCAUACCUGCACCUACAGUGCUUUAUGAGUGAUAUGUUUAUGUACGCACAUAUCUGUAAGUUUUUCAGAUGUAUAUAUUAAUUUGCAGGUUAUAUAUUGGAAAGUUAUGUAUUUGCAAGAGAAUUCAGCCGUUUCAUUUGUUCUUUACAGUGCACAAUGUAAUGAAACAUUGAUGUUAUGGCCUUUUUAAAGUCUGUACAUUUGGAAAGCUCUGCUGGAUUUUUUUAUUAUUUCUCAUUGUGCCUGCUGAAAAGCCAAAGAAUUUGGAAAUUCUGCUUUGGGAGCUGUCAUUUAUAAUAAUUCUUAAUUAUUAUUAUUUUUUAAUCAUCUGUAUUUUCAUUCUUCUUCCAUCCUGAGAUUCUUGUGUUUCUACUGUUGUCUAUUUUCUUUUGGGGGGAUUUUUAACAACAGAAAUGUGAUAGAUUAUUCUAAGACAAGACUUGCUUUAUAGUUAAGUGCAAAUAAAGUGGGUUGCAGUGCCUUAUACUUUAUGUUUUGAGGUACCCUAAUUUUAUAUGUUAACCAGAUGCAACAUUAUAAAGCAAAACAUGCUAAAACCACUGAUCUAUAUAGAGCUCUUCCAAGUUAAGGUGCAUUCACACAGACAGCGAUAUGCAGCGGAAAAGCAACCGGACAUCAUUCAUUUACAAAGAGGGUUAGCGAUUUCUAUGUGUUGGCCAACAUAACUGUGACUGUUGGUGAUGUGACAAAGUUGAACCAAGUUUAACUUUAUACCAACCCAGAAAGCACAUGUACAUCUCAGAGAUGUCUGUUUUAGAGUGUUUAAUCUGGAAAGUAUCUCAUUCUAAUUAACAUCAGAUAAAUACCUUAAAAAGAUCAGAUUUAUAAACAUUCUAAAUCAUAAACAUCUCAAAGACAUCUGCUGAUUGUCCUUUUGACAUCCCAGAGGAAAUGUCUCAUAGACAGAUUGCAGAUUAUGGCUGCAACUAACAAUUAUUUUAAUAAUCGACUAAUGUAAUGAUUAUUAGAUUAGUAAUUCUUCCUCUCCUCAGUCAGGUGCGUCAUCAGAGUUUAAAGUGAUCCUCAUGUUACAUUAAAUUAGAUCAAACGACUAUUCGACAACUACAAUUGUUGUCGCAAUUUUGUUGAUAACAUCAACAAAUCAUUUCAGCCCUAUUUCAGAUAAGCACACAACCUAAAACAAAUACGUCUUCCAAAUGUAAACACGCAUUAAAUUGGUGUCUGGGUGAUGUGCGCGUGCUAUCAGGGAAUGAGAUUGCCGACUGUGAAGGUCAUGUGAUCUGCUUCAUUAUACAUUUGGAUACUGAAGUCGACUUAAAACCACCAGUGAUGUAAUUCCAGGCACAGUGGGAGCACCUUUAAGUGGAAUUUUCACCCUAAAUAGCCAUGACAAGUCGUUUUGUCGGUUUCUUGUUUUCUAUUUGUUUUAUCGCACUGUGUAGUAUCAUCCUUGGUCCAAAAUCCCACUCUGCAUAGCUUGGCAGCACUUUUGUAUAUGGAAAAAAAUUGCAAAUGGCCUGGUUAUGACAUGCGGUUAUUUCCAUUUUGACUAUUUGUAAAUUCUUACCUGACACAUCAUUUUCUCACUCCCAAGGCAUCAAAAACUGAAGCUUGUGCAAAAGCCCAGCGCAUCAAUCUACAGACGCCCUCAGGCAUAAGUUUCCAACGCAACCAGCAAUUGUGUUCUAUUUAACGAGAAACCUUUGACGUCAAAUGACUGACGCGAAUGGCAUCACAAUUUUAGCAUCAUUUAAUUAUACGCUGGGGUACAAUUUUGUCAUCGUGACAUAUGUUGAGGGAAUGAUUUUCAUUUCAAACCAGCAACAUAUAUUCACGGUCCAUUAAUCUGUUUUUUACACAUCCUGCACUGCUGAAGUGACCCGUUUAAUUCCGGGUGUAUUCUGAGUCUUACAAUCACUUUAUGUGAAGAACAAACCCAAAUCUUAAUUUUUAGUCAACAAUCAUGGUCACCAAGUGUCCACCGUAACCCAUCCUACACAAGUUUCAUUGUAACACAGAAAAAAAUGGCCGCCACAAGCGUUAUGUCACAAGUUUGAUGUCAGCAACUCAGUGAUUUUACCACUGGCUCUCUCGUGUCUUUGGACUGGUGGUGACGACCUCAGGUUUGGUUGUAGCCUAUUCAUUUUUCGGUACAAUCAGGAUGACAGUUUCUUGGGGAAUAUUUUCAACUAUUAAAACCUUCACUUUCACUCUGAUAAUCACACAAAGCCAUCGUAUGGUUUGGAGUAUUGUGCAUUUUUUUAAAUAAAUGAU